CGGUUAUAGCCAAAAACACUGCCCCCCUUUCCCUCCCUCCCUCCCUCUCUCUGUCAAGUAUUACUAUAUGAGCACGAGAUGGUCCUCCUCUAUUCCAGGCAACAAAAAGACAACAUAGAAACUCCAAAACGACAUCUCUCUGAUCACUAAAAUCUCAAAAAGCCAGAGCAUGAGAAUGCUGCUGCGUGAAGGAGAGAGAAUGGCAGACUCCGGUGACAGUACGGUGAUAGUAGGAGUCAAGCUUGACCCAGCGAGUAGAGAGCUUUUGACUUGGGCUUUGGUCAAAGUGGCUCAACCUGGAGAUACUGUUAUUGCUCUUCAUAUCCUUGAUAAUAAUGAAAUCGUGGAUCGUGAAGGGAAAUCUUCGCUUCUCUCGCUUGUGAAAGCUUUUGACAAUGUUCUUGCUGUUUAUGAAGGUUUCUGCAACUUGAAACAGGUGGAUCUCAAGCUCAAGAUAUGCAGAGGUUCAUCAAUUCGGAGAAUUUUAGUCAGGGAAGCAAAAUCUUAUACAGCAACAAAGGUUAUUGUUGGAGCUACCAGGAAUCAUCUUUCAAUCUGGCCAUCAACAUCUGUGGCCAAGUAUUGUGCUAAAAAACUACCAAAGGAUUGUUCUGUUCUUGCUUUCAAUAAUGGGAAAGUUGUGUUUCAAAGGGAGCGCACUCCAAAUAAUACCGGAGCUAAAGAUCAUGUUCAGAAUGGUUUGCUUGGUGUUGUUCACAAGACAAUUUCAUUUGAGAAAAAUUCUAGAGUAUCGAAUGAAGGCGGUACCAACGAGGCCUCUAGGAACGAUCAGGACAAUGGCCUGACUUUGGAGCAGGUGUUAAUGAAAGCUCGUUCCAAUAGUUUGGCAAGUAUCAUGAAAGAGAACUGCUCGGUUUGUGGAUCGGUUAUGAAACCUGCUGAUGAUUCCUGUAAUCAAUCUGCAGAAGCAUCUUGUGGUGACAGUGAUGGCGAUGACAAGUCGUUAGCUCUAGUUCCAGUACCAAGGGUAGAGGAACCCACGAGUUCAGUUUCCACGUUAAUUAGUCAAGUGCCUGAAUUGAAACCUGGUUGGCCACUACUCCGUAGUUCUGUUUUACCGAAUCGAAAAACAUCAGAUAGAUCUUUAGUGAGGCAGAUCUCUGUGGUUCAAUGGGCAAUGAGGUUGCCCAGCAGGCAACUCUCACUAUCCACUGUCAAUUCAGAUCACAAACAGGAUGUUUCUGAUAAGGGUGAAGAGCAAUUGAAUUUAGAUGGAGAAAAUGGUGCAAUUGUUGCCGUUGGAAUGGAGACAGCGACAGCUCCGCUUUCUCCUGACCACAACUCGAGAACUCUGCCAAAAGAAUUGGAGGGUCUUCAUGAGAAAUACUCAGCAACUUGCAGAUUGUUUCAGUGCCAAGAACUUCUCUCAGCCACGUCCAACUUCUUGGCUGAAAAUUUGAUUGGGAAAGGGGGCAGCAGUCAGGUCUAUAAAGGUUGCCUUCCCGACGGCAAGGAACUUGCUGUGAAAAUCUUAAAGCCAUCUGAAGAUGUACUGAAGGAAUUUGUUCAGGAAAUUGAGAUUAUCACUACCUUAUCUCACAAGAACAUCAUUUCUCUCUUGGGGUUCUGUUUUGAGGAAAAAAAUCUUCUCUUGGUUUACGAUUUCCUGUCAAGAGGAAGUCUUGAAGAGAAUCUUCACGGUAACAAGAAGGACCCACAUGCAUUUGGUUGGAAUGAGAGAUAUAAGGUGGCUUUAGGAAUCGCAGAGGCCUUGGACUAUCUUCAUAGCUGCAGUGCUCAACCUGUGAUCCACAGAGAUGUUAAAUCAUCAAAUAUCCUAUUGUCUGAUGAUUUUGAGCCACAGCUCUCUGAUUUUGGACUUGCUAAUUGGGCACCGACCUCCUCAUCUCAUAUAAUCUGCAAUGAUGUUGCUGGAACUUUUGGUUACUUGGCUCCUGAAUACUUCAUGUAUGGCAAAGUAAACAACAAGAUUGAUGUCUAUGCAUUUGGUGUUGUACUCCUCGAGCUUCUUUCAGGGAAAAAGCCAAUAAGCAAUGAUCUUCCUAAAGGCCAGGAGAGCCUAGUUAUGUGGGCAAAACCAAUCCUAAAUGGUGGAAAGGUUUCCCAAUUGUUAGACCCAAUCUUGGGUGAUAGCUGUGAUCGUGAUCAGAUGGAGAGGAUGGUUUUAGCCGCCACUCUCUGUGUAAGACGUGCCCCACGAGCUAGGCCUCAAAUGAGCCUUGUUGUGAAGCUCCUCCAAGGAGAUGCGGAAGUGACCAGGUGGGCACGGCUGCAAGUUAAUGCUGUGGAAGAAUCUGACGUGUUGGAUGAUGAAGCAUGUCCGCGUUCUAAUCUUCAGUCCCAUCUUAACCUUGCAUUGCUGGAUGUUGAGAAUGAUUCACUCUCCUCGAGCAGCUUAGAGCGGAGCAUAUCAUUGCAGGAUUACUUGCAAGGCAGGUGGAGCCGCUCAUCAAGCUUAGACUAACCAACAUCAUUGUUCGUCUCUGCAAUUCUUUAUUGUAUAUCCUUUUGGUGUUUACCUUUCUUGUUCAAUUAGGUUUGUGUUCUUUUUUGGGUUUCUUACAGAUGGGUAUUGGAUGAGAGGUUGUUUGUGGUGUGCCCUCCUCCUCCCCCUUUAGUAGUCAUAAAUGCAGUCCCCAACUUGUUGGGACAGUUCUUUCUUCUUCACCUCAAAGGUGUCGGUGCUUGAUCAAAAUUGAUUAAGUUUGGAAUUUGCUGUAAUGGUUUAUGAUGGUGAUAAUUUUGUUGUAAUACUGAACAUUUUUUUGAUAAAGUGAGAUGGUGAGCACAAAAAAGUCACUGCUCCUUGUGUCUUGAAAAGGUUAAUAACAGCAAGUUUUGAUUAAAA